CUCCCCCCUCGCUCUGUUUCCCCUGGCCGAGCUCUCCAUCGUCGCCGACCACCUCAGUUCCUCGUCGCCGGCCAGGAUGCCUUCUUGGAAUGAUGGGGAUGAGAGCUCCGACGACAGCAUGGGGGGCAACCUGAUGGACAUGGGGUACUUUGUAAGCCUCAUCCUCCUCCUCUCUGUCAUUAUCUAGGGUUAGGGUUAGGGUUGAAUCGAUUUGGGAAUGAGGGUUGAUGAGCUGUAUAUUUGUAUGGAUGGAUUCGUUUGGUUUGGUUAUCUAUUAGUUUUGAUCUAGGGUAUGGAUGGCACUGUGAUGUCUGAUCUGACCUUGAGCAAGGCAAAGCUUGACUCAAGUUGAACUAGUUGAUGCAUUGGUUCUGAUCUACCUUUUACUGCAUGUAGGACACACCUGACACCAUCCCUGAGCCACUCUGGUGUGGUGCUCCCAUGGAGGAAGUUUCCAAGUGUACUCUGCACGAUAUGAAGCCUAGGAAGUGUGUUGCUUUUGAAGGUGCUAACACUGGGAGGAGGUUCUAUGGAUGCCCUGUUCAGGGAGGUGUGAAUUGUGGUGUAGUUCAGUGGGUUGAUCCUGCCUGGCUUGAUGUACUUAAGAACUGCCUCAUCAAGUUGUGGGAAAUGUUCCAUGAGCAAAACCUUGGAAGGAUUCAAGACAAGCAUGCAUAUGAGGAUGAGGUUGCCAAGUUGAAGAAGGACUAUGAUCAUCUCUGCACUGAGUAUCAUAAAAUGGUUGAUGAUGUUAGCAAGAUGUUUGACUGGCAGGAUGGUGUUGGCAAGAUUGACUACCAAAAAGCAAUGGAUGCUGAGAAAUUUGAGAAGCAGAAGGAAGAGCUAGAGCUGGAGAUGAAGAUGGAGAAGCUAAGGCUAGCAAAAGAACAGAGGUGUAUCCUUCAGGCCCAGGCAGACAUAAUUCACAACACCAGGAAAAGGCAAUGA